AAAAAAAAAAAAGCGGGCUUCAAGGAGCAUACAGCCAUUCUCAUCAACAUGAGACAUUGAUUUGUAGACAAUUUCUGUAACUUUCAUAAAGCUGGCUAAAAGCCUUAGUAUUUAUAUAAGAAUACAUGUCUGUUCUUGUUUUUCAAAAAUGCCUAGAACAGUUGGUUCCUCAGAUAAACCUGUGAGAUCCUUUUAUUCAGUAAAAGCAGUGUAUCCAGAGGUACUUGUUUCCCCGCCUUCUGGGGAAUUAGGUCUCAGAUGGAAACGUCCCAUUUCAAAAGGCCUUGCGGUAUCUAUCUCUGCCUACCGCUCGUUUUACAGCCUCAUUUUUAAAUGUUAGUCUGUUUUUUUAAAAAGGGUUUGUGACAGCAUCUGCCAUGAUAAUAAAGUGUAAGCAACCUCGCGCUAGGUACUGAACAAUUUCAUAACUUUGAACUCUCCAAAAUGUUCUAGAAGCCAAUAUAGAAAACCCAGAAAUUGCAAUUUUUGUUUGCAGAAGGAGCACGAGACCCGGUUGUGUUCGCCCUCCACCAAGUACCCAGGGCUAGCAUAGAGUCGGUCUAACACACAACCCAGGCUCUGUAAACUUUUGCUAAAAGAACGAAUCAGCAAGGAAUAAGUAAUGGAGAGUAAUGAUGAAUAAUAAUGAUUCCAUUCUUCCUGCUGUCGUGGGUCUGGCAGGAGUAAAUUCCGGCCCGGAUUCCGACCCCAGGCCCAGAGCGGGACUCCCCUCUGCGCCCAGGAGGGGGCGGGACCUGAGGGGCGCUGGAGGGGCGGGGCGUCAAUGGGGACCCCGCCCAUGUUGGGGGCGGGGCCUGCGGCGCGCGGGAAGAAGGCGCGCGGCGCGGGAGGUGACGGCGCGGCUGACGGUCCGGGUCACUGCAGAUCUGGAAGGUAGAGAAGGGACCAGAUGGAAAAGCCAUUGUGGAAUUUUUGUCCAAUCUUGCUCGUCAUACCAAAGCCGUCAAUGUUGUGCGUUUUUCUCCAACUGGGGAAAUUUUAGCAUCAGGAGGAGAUGGGGCCACUUAGAAGAUGUGUAUGAUAUUUGCUGGGCAACUGAUGGGAAUUUAAUGGCUUCUGCCUCUGUGGAUAACACAGCCAUCAUAUGGGAUGUCAAUAAAGGACAAAAGAUAUCGAUUUUUAAUGAACAUAAAAGUUACGUCCAAGGAGUAACCUGGGACCCUUUGGGUCAAUAUGUUGCUACUCUGAGCUGUGACAGAGUGCUGCGAGUGUACAGUACACAGAAGAAGCGUGUGGCUUUUAAUGUUUCGAAGAUGCUGUCUGGAAUAGGGGCUGAAGGAGAGGCAAGAAGCUACCGGAUGUUUCACGACGACAGCAUGAAGUCGUUCUUCCGAAGACUGAGUUUCACUCCUGAUGGAUCUUUGCUCCUCACGCCAGCUGGAUGUGUGGAAUCCGGUGAAAAUGUAACGAAUACCACUUACGUUUUCUCCCGGAAGAAUCUUAAAAGGCCCGUCGCUCAUCUUCCGUGUCCUGGAAAAGCCACUCUUGCUGUUCGCUGCUGUCCAGUCUACUUUGAACUGAGGCCGGUGGUGGAAACAGGUGUGGAGCUGAUGAGUCUGCCCUACCGCCUGGUGUUCGCUGUGGCUUCGGAGGACUCCGUGCUUCUGUACGACACCCAGCAGUCCUUCCCUUUUGGUUACGUGUCUAAUAUACAUUACCACACCCUCAGUGACAUUUCAUGGUCCAGUGAUGGCGCCUUCCUGGCCAUUUCUUCCACGGACGGUUACUGCUCGUUUGUCACAUUUGAGAAAGAUGAACUUGGAAUUCCUUUGAAAGAGAAGCCAGUUUUGAGCAUGAGAACUCCUGAUACAGCAAAGAAAACCAAGAGUCAGACACCUCGAGGGUCUUCGCCAGGACCCAGACUGGUAGAGGGAACCCCUGCCAGCAGAACCCAAGACUCCAGCAGCCCCAGCACGACCCCCCCACAGGCCAGACAGGCCCCAGCCCCAGCAGCCAUCAGGGACUCUCCCUCCGUCAUCCCUGCUGUCAAAAGCUUCUUGCGUGGGCCUUCGGAGGAGAAGAGCUUGAAGCCUAGUAGUCAAAACACAAAAGCCCAUCCAUCCCGGAGGGUCACUCUGAACACACUGCAAGCCUGGAGCAAGACAACGCCCCGGAGAAUAAACUUAACACCCUUAAAGACAGACACUCCACCAAAUUCUGUACCAACCAGUGUAAUUUCCAUCCGUUCUACAGAAGAAAUUCAGUCAGAGACGCCUGGAGAUGCUCAGGGCAGUCCCCUAGAGCUAAAGCGGCCCAGACUCGAUGAAAACAAAGGAGACAUGGAAAGUCCGGACCCUUGAUGGGACCUUGGCUUCUGCUGGAAGCCUGCCAGGCCCCCAUCUGUGCAGGGAGGUGGCGAAGCUGGAGAUGCCUGAGACCAGGGCUUCCGUGGAGUGGGACAGGCACUAACAGAAGUGGCGUGUGUACUGAAUUUUCUCCAGAAAUAUAGUGUAUUCAAUAUCCAUUUUUAACUUGGAGACGUGAAUGUUUUAAUAUAGUAAAUCCUCUGGUGGAUGAGUUUCUGAACCUGGAGCAGUUCAACGUUAUCCAGUGUGAAAAUGUGUGAGUCCUCCCUGGCGUCGUCGUGAAAGUGCACACGCUUCAUGGAGGGACUCCGUUUAAAUUAGAAUUAGGGAGAUGAGAAAGUAAUGAGAUUUCACUCUGUUGCAUUUUAGAGUAUUUGAAGUGAUUGUUAGAUUUCACUUCUAAGAAGGUGAUUGAUUAAACUUUGGAAGGUGGUUGUGUUUGUU